CACAGAUUCACUUGUCAUGAUUUCUCAGCUUGAGCUGCCAACACAGGUUGGAAGCCAGCUUCGAGGUGGACAGUGAUUUUAGACAGAAUUGCUUCUUCCUUAGGAGUUUCUAAACCGGCGGUAAAAGAGGAACACUGUGAUAGCCAUGCAGCAAACCCCCUCUCUCCCUCUGCCUCAAACGGAUGACUGAAUUGAACAGGGAGCCACUGGAGAGGAGCUGAAGAGCCGCACGUGGCUCUGGAGCAGCAGGUUGCUUAGAGACCCCUGAACUAGGGUGUCCCACGAGGACAGUGACAGUACUACAGAUGAUGACGUAACGUGAGCUGGACCAGUCUGCAGCAGCGUGAAACCCACAGAACCGAAACCUCCAUUCACAGAACCGAAAACUCCAUUCUCCUCCACUACUCCUCACCGACACACCCACAGCAACUACCGCUCCGGAUAACCUUUAUUUAUCACAUAAACUUCUUUACCUGUCUGACUGAAGGGCCUUCAUCAUGUCUAAAGGUACCGUGGUUCUGGCCUACAGCGGCGGACUGGACACAUCCUGUAUUCUUGUCUGGCUGAAGGAACAGGGCUACGAUGUAAUCGCCUUCUUGGCCAACAUUGGGCAAGAGGAAGAUUUUGAAGCUGCCCGGAAAAAGGCAGAAAGUCUCGGCGCAAAGAAGGUUUUCAUUGAAGACCUGCGUUCAGAGUUUGUGGAGGACUUCAUCUGGCCCGCAGUUCAGGCAAAUGCCGUUUAUGAGGACCGAUACCUGCUGGGCACUGCGGUAGCACGGCCCUGCAUCGGCCGCCGUCAGGUGGAGAUUGCACGCAGGGAGGGUGCCCAGUUUGUCUCCCAUGGUGCCACGGGAAAGGGCAAUGACCAGAUACGUUUUGAGCUCACAUGCUACGCCCUCUACCCCGAAGUUGAGAUCAUUGCACCGUGGAGGAUCCCCGAGUUCUACAACCGCUUCAAGGGAAGAAAAGACCUGAUGGAGUAUGCACAGAAACAUGGCAUCCCUGUGCCCGUCACUCCUCAGUCACCCUGGAGCAUGGACGCCAACCUCAUGCAUAUAAGUUAUGAGUCGGGCGUCCUGGAGAAUCCCAAGACCCACGCUCCGGCUGACCUGUACCUGAUGACCAAGAACCCAGAAGAUUCUCCCAACGCCCCAGACGUACUGGAGAUAGAGUUCAGAAAUGGAGUGCCUGUAAAGGUGACCAAUAUGAAGGAAGGGAAAUCCAAGGACUCACCACUGGAUAUCUUCUCAUACCUCAAUGAGAUUGGAGGGAAGCACGGCGUGGGCCGGAUUGACAUCGUUGAGAACCGUUUCAUCGGCAUGAAGUCCAGAGGAAUAUAUGAAACCCCAGGAGGCACAAUUCUGUUGAAGGCCCAUUUGGACAUUGAGACCUUCACCAUGGACAAAGAAGUGCGUCGGAUCAAACAGGGCCUGGGUAUCAAGUUCUCUGAGCUCGUCUACAACGGUUUCUGGUAUAGUCCAGAGGGUGAUUUUGUGCGACACUGCAUAGCCAAGUCCCAGGAGAACGUGGAGGGCAAAGUACAGCUGUCUGUCUUCAAGGGUCAGGUCUACAUCCUGGGACGAGAGUCACCUAAGUCCCUUUACAAUGAAGAGUUGGUCAGCAUGGACGUGCAGGGAGACUACGACCCAUGUGAUGCCUCUGGAUUCAUCAGGAUUAAUGCUGUCAGGUUAAGGGAACACCAUCGUUUGCAGGGUUUCUCCGGCGACAAGAAGUAAUUGUUGCAGUCCUGUGAACCAUCUUCCCUCCUCCCUCCGCCAUGUCUUAAGCAGUAGUAGGUUUAGACUUUGUGCCUUUAUUGUCUUCCUUUUGCCUUAUUCUCUACUGUUAGUUAUAUUCAGAGUAUCUAGCACACUAGCGAGCACACCAGGCUCUUACUGUAAAACUGUGACGUUUCUUAGGUGAUGAAGAGUGGAGGAAGAAAAAUCUACAAAUAGUAUGAAUCAGGUUAACAGAUAUAUUGUGGGUGAGGAUUAUUAUGUAUUUCUUAGUAUUUUAUUUUCUGAUUUGCCUCAUUCCUGGCAUCAGUAGGUCAGCGCUUUAGUGCAAAUAUAUAUAAACUGGGAAUUCUUUGUUUCAGAAAUAAAAUGGAGUGAAUUGUG